AUGUUGCAGACGUUGUCCGAUCUACCGAUCAUCUACGUUCUUCAAUCCUUACGUCACAGGCGUGACAAGCAAGACCAUGACCCUUCCUCUGCAAGUGUUACGAAGCCGAACGGCUCACACAUCGAGGGCCGUUCAGCCAGCCAUGACUGGGAGACGCAUAAUGCCAAUCCGCAGAACUGGCCUUUUUCGCGCAAGGUGUUCACCGCCAGCGUAAUCUACAUCUAUACGUUCGUGGUCUAUGCGGGAUCCGCGAUGUACAUGUCGGCUGUUCCGGUGCUGGUCAAACAGAUGGGGAUGAGUGAACAGCGGGCUUUACUCGGGCUGUCGGCCUAUGUUCUGGGGUACGGCGCAGGACCACUGCUGUGGGGUCCGAUGAGCGAGAUUCCAUCCAUCGGUCGCUCCGUGGUCUACUUCAGCAGCUUCAUGGUCUUCAUCGUCAUCACGGUGGGCGCCGCCAGCGUUGACAGUUUCAGCACGUUCGUCUUCCUCCGGUCAAUCCAGGGCUUCUUCGGCAGCCCGUGCCUGGCCAACGGGGCGGCCAGCAUGUACGACAUGUUCGACGAGACCCAGUACCCCUACGCACUGGGCCUCUGGACGGCGGCGGCCUACUGCGGGCCGGCGCUGGGCCCGUUGCUGACGGACCACCUCGUGCACCAGCUCUCGUGGCACUGGUCCAUCUGGCUCAUCGCGUGCAUGUCCGCGCCGGUGGGGGUGUUGCUGUUCGUGCUGCCCGAGACGUACGCUCCCACCGUGCGGCUCCGGCGGGGGCUCGCCGCCACCGGCCCGCCCGACGUGUCCGCCUGGGCCCGCCUCAAAUUCUAUCUCGUCAAGCCGGUGCAGAUCACCCUGCAGGACCCGGCGGUGUUCUUCGUGAACCUGUACACCUCCUUCAUCUACUCGAGCUACUACAUCUUCUUCGACGCGUUCCCCGUCGCGUAUCUGGAGGGGUACGGCGUCUCCACCGGGACGCUGGCCCUAUUCUACCUGAGCGUGCUCGUGGGAUGCCUUGUUGCGGCGGCGGUGUACUUUCUGAUCCUGGUGCCAUAUAUCUUCUGCGGCCGAGCAUCUACUCCCGAUCAUGAAGCCGAACCCGACCAUGCGAAUCCCACCCCCCACCGCAAUGAUAACACCCACACCAACAACAACACCUCCAACAACAACAAGAACCAAGAACGCAACCUCCUCCCCGCCCUCCCCGCCACGCUCUUCCUCCCCCUCGGCCUCCUCCUAUUCGGCUGGACCGCCCGCCCCGCCAUCCACUGGCUCCCCAGUUUAACAGGUGUGGUCCUCUACACCGGCGGCGUCUUCGUGAUCUUCCAAAGCCUGUUCCUGUACCUGCCGCAGCUGUACCCGCGGUACGCGGCGAGCCUGUUCGCGGCGAACGACUUCUGCCGGUCCGCGCUGGCGGCGGCGUCCAUCCACUACGGGGUGCCGCUGUACCGGAAUCUCGGGGUCGGGAGGGGGUCGAGUGUGCUCGGGGGCGUGUCGGUGUUGGGCGUGGUGGGGAUGGUGGGGAUGGUGGUGUUGGGGCGGCGGGUGAGGGCGGGGAUGGGGCGGUGGAGGGAUCGGGAGACUCUUUAGUCGGUCUUGUGGGUGAGGGAUUGAGGAAGGGGGGUUUAGCUUGGGAUGAUGUGGGUGUGCCCCGGCGUCAAAUUGUGUUGGAUUACUGAUGCUUCUGCACGGGAUGAUUGGUUGGUUACACAGCGGUUUCUGCGCUGGGGCAUUUUGGGGGUACUGUACGGAGUACAGUACCUACUACUAGGUACUAUACAAGCGGAGAUUGGGGCCGGUGGCUAGUGGACUGAGUAUGAUCGGCAGAAUUGCUAGUGCGAGGUUAUACGAUGGGUAAGGUAGUACUUAGUAAGUGCAGUGCAAUCAUCCGAGUCACCGAGUAACAUCCAUUCAUUUCACA